AUGCCUUCCGAUCAAGCUUUCUUCCAUUACUCCGUUAUCUCCUACUUCCUCAUCGCACCACCCACCUUCAUCUCCUGCCAGUUCACGACCGCCCCUUACGGCAAGCACCACCGGAAGGGAUGGGGUCCCACCAUCCCCCCACCACUAGCCUGGUUCCUCAUGGAAAGCCCCACCCUAUGGUUCACACUCCUCCUCUUCCCACUGGGCCAACACCGUUCUGAUCCAAAAUCAAUCAUCCUCAUUACACCUUUCAUCUUUCACUACUUCCACCGCACUAUCAUCUACCCUCUCCGCCUCCGCCGCAAACUCUCAAAUGGGUAUCCGAUCAGUGUCGCUCUCAUGGCCUUCACCUUCAACCUCUUCAAUUCUUACUUGCAGACCAGAUGGGUGUCUGAAUACGCAGAUUACCGGGCCGAUGAGUGGUUCUGGUGGCGAUUUUGCGUUGGAUUGGCGGUUUUCUUGGGUGGUAUGGCGGUGAAUGUGAAAUCAGAUAUGGAAUUGAUGAAAUUGAAGAGUGCCGGCGGUGGGUAUAAGAUUCCGAGAGGCGGUUUCUUUGAACUUGUGAGCUGCCCAAAUUACUCCGGUGAGAUAGUAGAGUGGUUGGGUUGGGGAUUGAUGACCGGGUCAUGGGUCGGGUUAGGGUUUUUCGUAUACACUUGUGCCAACUUGGUGCCAAGGGCACGUGCGAAUCACAAGUGGUAUAUGGAGAAAUUUGGUGAAGAUUAUCCCAAAGGGAGGAAGGCUGUAAUCCCAUUUGUGUAUUGA